AUGGCAGAACCACAGAAGCUUACUCAACCUCCGGCUCCGAAACGUUUCGGUCAACUGCCCCAGUUAACGGAGCUCAAAGAUCCGGAUGAUGAUUGGACGGGAAUCACUGAGGCGAGGGACAGACGGAGACGACAGAACCGUCUGAAUCAGAGAGCUUAUCGGAAACGGAAGGCCCGGAAUGAGGAAUAUGCCAAUGUCACCCCGGAAGAAGUCCACACGAAUGGAAUCCUCAUAUUCACUACCGCCAGAGAACGUGCGGUUGCAUAUGCAUUCAUGCAGCUGGUUCACAUGCAACAUAGUUUAAAGAGCCAUCGCCCGGCACUUCUCCCCUCACUAAUCCGUCUCAACGCCGUUAAUGCCGUGUCGAGCAACGCAGUUCAUAUCGGCAUCCCAUUGCAAGGAUUAUGCUGCGACGAUGUAAUAUCACCUUGGAACGCCCUAGGUCCCUCAUCCGCAGACGGCACCCUCGUAAAAUCCUCAUGUCCCGAGUCUUUACGUCCUACAAAGCUACAAAUCGAGAUUGAGCAUCAUCCCUGGGUUGAUUUACUACCGAUUCCCCAAUUGAGAGAUAACAUGCUAAAGGGCUACACGAGUGGUGUUUUUGAUGAGGAUGAGCUGUGUAUUGAUAUACUGGGACUGAUGAGCAGUCAGGGUUUGGAUGAUGCUUAUUUGAUUGUUUGGGGAGAGGCGCAUGAUGCGAGUAGUUGGGAGGUUAGUGUGGGAUUUCUGAGAAAAUGGGGAUGGUUGUUGAAGGGUUGUCCUGAGUUGGUUGAGUCAACGAAUCGAUGGCGACAACAAAGAGGAGAAGCGAAACUAAAUAUUCAGGUCUAA